UAGUCUACUUCUAUGGAUAUACAUAUAUGUAUACUAGAUUGAAGUGUAAACUAUCUAAACUUUAUAUUUUUGUUAUUUGAUUGACAUGUUUGCUGUAUUUUUAUCCUUAGAAAAUGACAGACGUUAUGAUUUAUAAAUAUUUACUUCUUCCUGCAUAUUUCAAUUGUUCGUACAAGUGAUUUUUAUAAUUUGGAGCAAAAUUCUUGUUUUGCAGUCUCAUUAUAUGAUGAUGAUGACUGUUAAUUAGGAAUUAAAAAUGCACGAAUUUUACAACGGAAAUGGGAGCAGAAAACAAAGUUUUGUUAAUUACAGGUUAUAUCAGUUCCUGAUGUUGAAUUAAAAAGAUUGAGAAUAAAAUAGAUUGUUCAGAAAAGAAAUUUUCAUUUAAGACAGUAAAAAUGUCUCGAAUAGAUGUAGCCGCUGUACCGUUGCCAAACAACCAGAAUGAUGCACCUGCAGAUAACCAUAAUUUAACAAAUGCAGUUGGUGCAUCAUUUAAUAACAAUAAUAAUAAUAAUCAUAAUCAUAACAAUAAUAAUAAUAAUAAUAAUAAUGCGAAUGUUACGAGAACCAAUAACAAUCAAAAUCCUCUAUUUCGUAUGCGUGACAGACUGUUUCAUGCACUAUUUAUCAAAGCUUCCUUAACGUAUGCAAGAACCUUUCCAAGACCUGUGAGACGUUUCAUUGAAUUUUUAAUCUUAAUGAAGGCCAUAAUGGCAUUUUUUGUACUAGCUUAUAUUCAUAUAGUUUUCUCAAGAACACCAACAACUUGCUUAGAACACGUGAAAGACGGUUGGCCACGAGAUGGAAUUCUUAGAGUCGAAAUCUUGAGGAAUGCAGCCGAUGAUUAUAGUAUAGAAAAGAGUUAUGCUAAAGAAGAAAAGCUGCGACAAGUUAAAGUAGAUGAUCUAACCAAUGUACUUGGAAUAUUAUCCAGAGAUGGUUUUAUAAAUAUUGAACCAUCAGCAGCAGAUGAGGAACGUGAAAGUCUAAAAGUUGUUAAUAAAAGAAAUUCUCGACAUUUAAAUGUGAUUGAUAGUAGAGUAGUAGGGAUUCAAAGUACGCAACUUCUGAGUCAGGAUGAAAUUACUAAUUACAAUUUAACAAGUAGCACUCUUAGUUCGAUUUCUUCUACAAAACUUUUGUCUGAAUUGAACAUGGAAAAUAGUACGCCAAUGCAAAGUGAAAUACGUUCAAACAUUCCUCUGGAUAAUAUGUCGAAUGAAGAUGCAAAUAAUAUAAUUUCUGAAAACUCUGUAUAUCAGUUGAAAAGUUCUGUACCUGAAUUGGAAAAAGCCGUGAAAGCAGAUGACGAGUAUAUCGUGGAAUAUUCUUUAGAAUAUGGAUUUUUACGAUUGUCACCUGCAGCCCGACAAAGACUGAACAUUCCAGUGAAGAUAGUUACAUUAGAUCCUUUAAACGAUGAAUGUUUUGGCGACACAUUUUCACGAUUUAUUCUUGAUGAAUUCUUAGGUUAUGAUGAUUUAUUAAUGGCUAGUGUUAAAACUUUGGCGGAACAAGAAGAUAACAAAGGCUUUUUGAGAAACGUUGUAACUGGAGAACAUUAUCGGUUUGUAAGCAUGUGGAUGGCAAAAACUUCUUACUUGGCAGCAUUUUUUAUCAUGAUUGUAUUUACGGUGUCUGUUUCAAUGCUUCUGAGGUACUCUCAUCAUCAAAUUUUCAUAUUUAUUGUAGAUCUGCUACAGAUGCUGGAAUUCAAUGUGACAGUAUCUUUUCCUGCUGCAUCACUUCUGACCGUUAUUCUAGCUCUUGUUGGAAUGGAGGCCAUAAUGUCAGAAUUCUUUAACGAUACAACUACAGCUUUUUACAUUAUCGUCAUAGUUUGGAUAUGCGACCAGUAUGAUGCUAUUUGUUGCCACACUCCUAUUACAAAAAGGCAUUGGCUAAGAUUCUUCUACCUAUAUCACUUUUCGUUCUACGCAUAUCACUACAGGUUUAAUGGCCAGUACAGCAGUUUGGCCUUAGUUACUUCCUGGCUAUUUAUACAGCAUUCUAUGUUGUAUUUCUUCCAUCACUACGAAUUGCCUGUUAUUUUGGAACAAGCUCAAUUACAACAUUUAUUUUAUGGGAAUCAUGCACAACCGACACAGGCACCAACAUCUAAUAAUAAUUCACGCUCUUCAAGAAUAACACCUACUAUUUCAUCAGUUAAUCUUGAUAGAACUUCAGCAAGUGUUGAACAAACCCAGCAGAAUUACAUAACUGAACUCUCAUUACUGGAUUCUGAUUCAAACAAUUUUGAAGACAGUCAUACACCAGAAGAAGAAAGUACUCCACCUUCAACGAGUGUAGAAAGUAGUUCCAGCGAAGUGUUGGAAUCCCAAGCACCUGAAAUUCAAGAAUCCAUAUCAACAGAAAGAUAUAGCGAAACGCAUAAUGAAGACAAUAAUAUUCAGAUGUCAUCGCCGCAAGAAAUGUCUUUGUCUGAUGGAUUUGAAAUUAUAGACUCUUCUGGAAGUACACAAGCUGAGGAAGCGCCUUAUUCUUUAAAUGAAAAUUCGUAGUUAUUUUAUUAAAAUUGUUAUAUUUGUUAUUGCUCUAAAAAACAAAACAAAAAAUAAAGCUAUGUAUUGAUUAUUUAUUGAUAUAAAGUUUUUAAUAGCAUAUUAAGUCAAUAAGGAUAGUGAUUUUAUUGAAGUGUAAAAUAAUUUUAAAUUAUAAAAAGAUGUUUAUUGUGUAUAUAAUGUCGAUAUAAUGUCUAGAGUUUUGGAUUAACAUUCAAUUACUAUUGUAAUGUAUUUUCUCGAAGCAUUUUGAAAUUUUUUACAAAACAGUCAUUUUCUAUAAAAAUAUACGUUGGAAGAAUUUUUUGACAAGUUAUUCUAACUUACUUUUGAAAUUAAAUUUCAAAUAGUAGAUUCGAAAAUAAAAUACAAACAAAAUAAUAAAUUCGAAAGAUUAAACUUUCGCAAAACUGAAUCAAUAACGAAGUAAUUUUUAAUAAAAUAUCAAGAUAAUUAUUGUAAAUCCAGUUUGGCAUAUAAUAGUGGGUUAAUUAGAAAUAAAAAUAGAAAUAAGCUAAAAAGAA